AAAAAAUGUAAAAAGAAAAUAAAAUGGGUGGGACGGGCCUUGCGCAAGGGAUCUACGAGCUCGUCCCUAAGCUCGAAGAGUGCGAUUCCUUCUUCCUUUUAUCAAACAUUUCUCAAUCAUCCCUUGACCACCAUUACCAAAUCCUUCUUGAUUGGACCCAACGAAUAUAACAUUAUCCGAGCUUAUUUCCUCCUGUGCUGUUGCUGAGUUGAAACAUGAAACACUCAUCUCUGCUUGUUGCAGUUUUAAUUUUACAACGCAUUUGGAGUUGAUUUGGUCUCCUUUAGCAUCAGAAUGAUGCAUCCAGGGUGCAAAAAACUUAUGCUGCUUCUAUUCUUAUUUGCCACUGUAUUCACUGGGAACACUGAGGAAGACCCACACUCCGAGAUCUUACACAAAGUAAAAGCUUCUCCUGAUGGAAACAUGGGGAGAAAUGUUAUAGAAGGAAGUGGCGUUGAGAAAACUUUGCAUGACAUUGGAAUGGGUGGGAAGAGAGGCGAUCACAGCAAAGUCUCAGUCUCUACAGUUGUGUUGUUCACCUUGGCAAUGGCUGCUGCCACUGGGUUAGGCGCAAUGCCCUUCUUCUUUGUUGAGCUCGAUCCUCAAUGGGCUGGAAUGUGCAAUGGUAUGGCUGCUGGUGUGAUGUUAGCCGCUAGCUUUGAUCUUGUUAAGGAGGGACAAGAGCAUGGUUCUGGAAACUGGGUUGUUACUGGGUUAGGCGCAGUGCCCUUCUUCUUUGUUGAGCUCGAUCCUCAAUGGGCUGGAAUGUGCAAUGGCAUGGCUGCUGGUGUGAUGUUAGCCGCUAGCUUUGAUCUUGUUAAGGAGGGACAAGAGCAUUGUUCUGGAAACUGGGUUGUUACUGGGAUUCUAGCUGGUGGUUUGUUCAUUUGGCUCUGCAAGCAGUUCCUCGAACAAUAUGGUGAGGUACGCAUGUUGGAUAUUAAAGGAGCAGAUGCAGCGAAAGUUGUUCUUGUCAUAGGGAUUAUGACACUUCAUUCUUUGGGGAAGGAUCAUGUGUUGGUGUAUCGUUUGCUGGUUCAAAGGGUUUUAGUCAAGGACUUCUGAUCACUUUGGCAACAGUCGUUCAUAAUAUUCCAGAAGGGUUGGCUGUUAGCAUGGUGCUUACAUCAAGGGGUGUCUCUCCACAAAAUGCCAUGCUCUGGAGUAUAAUUACAUCUUUACCUCAGGUUUUAUAGACAAUGUUCUUUGAUCUGAUUGUCUACAUAACAGAUUGUUGAUUUUUUGUAUUCUUUGUUUAUCAGCCACUAGUUGCAGUGCCAGCUUUUUUAUGUACUGAUGCAUUUAGCAAG